AAUUCUUCUUAUUCUUCUCAUUUUCCAUCCCCGAAGCAAAGCACAAAAUUAGGAAAUUAAUAAUGGCAGGAGAUAAUGAAGAAUGGAGAAAGAUGGCAGAUACAACCAAGAUGAGUCCAGAAGAAGUGAAAAAAGCUGGUGUUGAGGCCUCCAAAAGACCACCAGGCCACAAUCCAGGUACAGUACUACACCAAAGGGGGCGUUUGCCUUAUAGCAUUACGACAAUGGCUAUUGCUGGUUUAGCCAUCUCCGGUGCUGUUUGGUACGGCACUAUGUACGUAAUGAAGAAACCCGAAGCUUCUGCUGCUGACGUGGCCAAAGUAGCCACCGGAGUUGGUGGUCCUGAACAUACUCAUCCUCGCAAGUAGUAAAAGAAAUAUAGCAUUUUUAGCUAAAGUGUCUUGGCUCUUUCACUCAUGAUAACCCUUUUACUUAUAUGAAACUUAUAUGAAAACAACUUUUGUUAACUGUUGCUUUGAAUAUUUACUGCUAGGUUCUUUGUUUUUCAUUUUCAAUAAUUUCGGGCGUGUGUGUAACUCUAGACAUGGUCCUAAAAUUACUGGAAUUAUAGCCCAUUCUGUGUUUUA